GGCUCGCUGUGGGGCCGAGGCAGGCAGGCGGUCGGGCGGGCGAUGGCGGGGGCCGCAGCGGGCGGCAGAGGCGGAGGUCCUUGGGGGCCGGGGCGCGGAGGGGCCGGGGGGCUCCGGCGGGGCUGCUCUCCCCCAGCCCCCGCCGGCUCCCCCCGGGCUGGGCUGCAGCCGCUCAGGGCCACGGUCCCCUUCCAGCUGCAGCAGCCGCACCAGCGCCGGGACGGGGGUGGCCGCGCAGCCAGCGUCCCAUGCUCCGUGGCCCCAGAAAAGUCAGUGUGUAGGCCUCAGCCACCCCAGGUCCGGCGUACAUUCUCCCUGGACACCAUCCUCAGCUCCUACCUUCUGGGCCAGUGGCCACGAGAUGCCGAUGGGGCCUUCACCUGCUGUACCAAUGACAAAGCCACCCAGACGCCCCUGUCCUGGCAAGAGCUGGAAGGUGAGCGGGCCAGCUCCUGUACACACAAGCGCUCGGCGUCCUGGGGCAGCACAGACCACCGAAAAGAGAUUUCCAAGUUGAAGCAACAGCUGCAGAGGACAAAGCUAAGCCGCAGCGGGAAAGAGAAGGAGCGGGGCUCCCCCCUGCAAGGGGACCAUGCAGUGCGGGGAGCACUGAGGGCGUCCCCUCCCAGCUUCCCCUCCGGGUCACCUGUCCUGCGACUCAGCCCCUGCCUGCACCGGAGCCUGGAAGGGCUCAACCAAGAGCUGGAGGAGGUGUUUGUGAAGGAACAGGGUGAAGAGGAGCUGCUGCGGAUCCUUGAUAUCCCUGAUGGGCACCGUGCCCCCGCUCCCGCCCAGAGUGGCAGCUGUGACCACCCCCUCCUCCUCCUGGAGCCCGGCAACCUUGCCGGCUCUCCCUCCGUGCCCCUGACAUCCCCCCAGCCUUCAGGCCCGGCCAGCCACGAGGAACACCGGGGUGCUGUCGAGGAGCUGGCAUCCAUCCCCAGUGACAAAGCCUCCUCUCCGGGCCGCCCAGCCUGCCUUGAAGACAGCAGCCCGUCUCCGGUCCUUGCCUUUGCCGCCUCCCCUCGGCCCAAUCACAGCUACGUCUUCAAACGGGAGCCCCCGGAAGGCUGCGAGAGAGUGCGUGUGUUCGAAGAGGCCGUGCCCUUCUUCCAUCUUGGGCUCUCUCAGCCUGGGGCCGUUGUCAACUUCAGAUGAUCGGGAUCACACUUUUUCCGCGGUCAGACUUGUUGACAUUACCUACUGGAGCCCUUCAAUCUUUGCUUAUCGUGCUCUCUAUGGAAACCUGCUCUCUGCCCACAUGCCAGCCACAAAUGCUGUGGGAGCUGGAAAGGAAAGAGAUCUGAAACCCGAGCCCUUUGUUUUCUCUAUUUUUUUUCCAUCCCUGGGGAAGGUGUGAGUUUGCUAGAUGGUAAUCGGAGGGAGAGAGAACAUGUUAGUAAAGUUCUCUUCAGGCAGAGAUGGGAAGUGUCUCGUCCCCAGUGGAGUGGCAGGGGGACCUGAACAGCUUCCUCCCUGCUUCUGAGUCAAGUCUUCACCCUGUCGCUCUAGUGGUUCAAGGGUCAUGAACUCCCAGACAGAAAUUUCCAGUCCUUACAAGGAAGGACUGUGGAAUAUUCCAAACCAGGUGGGACAGUUCAGAAGCCGUUCUGAUGUUGAUUGACUUCUUUACCACGGUUCCCUCCCAUUAGCAGAGAGGAUGGAGGGCCGAACCUUUCCAAAUGCCCACCCGGUCCCCCGUAGCAGGCACCCCAAGAGCUCAUUUCCUUCCCCCCACCAGCUUCAUAGUCAGAAGGGCAGAUUCUCAGUUAGGGAGAAUUGGUCCUGGUGUGUGAGCUGAGACGUAGCUAGGACAGGGUUUGAGCCUUGAGAGCUCCAUUCGCGUCGCAGGUAAGGGACAGUCCAUGGUAGCGACAGAGGGUACGGCUAGAAGGCAAAGUGGGAGUUAGGGAGAAAGCCAUGGCCCCGGGGGUGUUUGCUCCCAGCUUCGCUAUGUAGCUCUCCAAGAAGCCUGGGUCCUCAGGGGUGGCAUGGAGGAAAAAGACCAGAUCUUGCAGCUUAAGCAGACUUGGGUCUCUCCCCAGUCCACGUUAUACUUGAGUAGCCACCGCCUGGGAUUGCUUGUGGAAAUGAGGCUGUGCCCAUCCUGAUUCUUCCACAGACUCACGAUGACAGCCAGGGUCUUCAAGCCAUCUCCCCAGGCUUCCUGUCCCUGUGUUAAUCCUUUGAGAGAGAUGGUGACUCUUGGGGCCCUGGGUGACUCAGUCGGUUAAGCAUCCGACUCUUGAUUUCGGCUCAGGUCAUGAUCUCAAAAAAAAAAAGAGGUGGUGACCUAUGGAUUGCUUUCCAAGAGGCCCUGGGAGAGAAAUUCUCAGCUCACUGGGGCCUCUUCCUUGUAUCAGCUUGCCCAUUGGGAAGUUCUUGUGUUUAGCAAUUCUUCUGUCACAUUUUCCUUUUCCUAGCUGCUGAUCCUAUAAGAUGGCCUGGAUUUCCCAGGAGGGGAAUCAAGCCAUUCAGGGUCAUGCCAUCUGUCCUUCGAGUGGGGCUUGGUCUCCUGGGUCACCUUCCCCACGUGGGCAUGCACACAGUGAGAGCAUUCCCCUCUCCUGCCCAUUCCUCAAAGUCCAUAAAGUGGGAUUCUUGUAAACCCUUCUUGGUCAGGGGAGACCUUGCUGCUGUGGACUCUGCUGGGACCCCAGGCCUUCCCAGAUACACCCAGCACAUGGGUUUUUACCUCUUUCUUCCACCUCUCGCUCUGGGCGCACCCCUGCCCUCCUCCUGUCUUGCUCUUCUUCCUGGAUUUGGAAUUAUUAGAAUUCUACAGUUAAAAUGGUCAUCAAUUUCCCAUGCUAUACCCUAAGUUCAUUUUUCUGUCUAUAUAUUAUACAUAAAGAGGAAGGCAGUCGAGGGAUCCACUGGUAACAGAGCUUCACCAUCAUACCACACAUUUCCCUUUUCCCCAGGAGCCCUCGCAACCAGCGGCUUCUCAACCGCUUCCCCUCAGAGCAUGGCCAGACACUCCUCUUUAUCAUAAGGAUUCCUUACUCUAGAACUCCCUGACCUCACUCCUUUUAUGCUUCCAUUUCUUCCACAUGAUUAGGAAGGUGUGGGGAUGGUUCUUUCCACAUUCAAGGUGAGGCAGGUGGGUCAAGAGCACAUGGUGAGUUAGAGCCGAGACCCCCUGUUAAGGUUGGCCUGCCUUCCUGCCAUGGUUGUUACCCUUGCAUCUCAGCAAGGGCUUUGAAAAAUCACCCCUUUCAAAUGUGUUCAAGAAUGAGACUCUUUAGGUCAGUAGAUUUCAAUGGGAGACAUCCCCCCCUCUCCCCACGCCCUGGGGACAUUUGGCAAUGUCAGGAAACAUUUUUAGUUGUCACAGCUUAAGGGGGACACAGGUGGCUCCUGGCAUCUAGUGGGCAGGUGCUAGGGAUGCUCUUAAGCAUCCUACAAUGCACAGGACAGCUCUCCACAACCAAGAAUUUUCCAGUUCAAAAUGGCAAUAGUGCUGAUGCUGAGAAACCCUGCUUUAGGCUGUCCAAAGUCUUAGAAAAUAAUUUUGCCUGGGUCUCUGCUUUUAGGCAAGUGGUCUGCCCUCAAAACACUGUUUACUGAUGAACUCUCUCAAAUUAAAAGAUCCCUUGGUCUCCUCUUCUAAAGUCACCUCGUCAGGAAGUUCUCCUUCCUGUCUACCUUCAAUCCCUCCUGUUUCUAGCUGAAGUAGAUUUCCUGUUGUUCAGCCAUAUUCCUAAUAAAUGGAUUGCUGCGGGCCUAAAGACUGGGUGUUGCUCAGCAGCCUGUAGUUUUUUGGUUGAGUUACCACCCUGUUUGAACAGAGACCCAGCUCCCCUGCUCCCCUGAUGCCAUGACAUCUCCUGUCAGUUCUCACUGGCUGUUUCUCCCCUUGUGUGUGUGUGUGUGUGUGUGUGUUUCUCUCUCCAUU